UUCUAGACACUCCAUGGACAACUAAUUGUUAGACGUGACACGGCUAUACUCCAGUCGUGAGGAACUGAACCGCUUGGGUCAGCCCGGUCACCCUCGGCUGCCCCCGGCACUAGCCCCCAACCCAGCCGUAUAUAACGGAGACGGCCAGCGGUCAGACCACCAGUCCACCCAGCGUCCACAGCAGUGUAGUCACAGCUCAGCAGCAGUAUGAAGGUGCUGGUGAUCGCAUCGCUCCUGGUGGCCGCCGUCAGCGCCGGAGGCGGGCACGGAGGCGGGCACGGAGGCGGGCACGGAGGCGGGCACGGAGGCGGGCACGGAGGCGGGCACGGAGGCGGCUAUGGCGGCGACCACAGCGUGCCCACCUCCUACAAGUUCUCCUACGGCGUCGACGACCCGCACUACGGCCCCAAGUUCUCCCACAGCGAGAGCAACGACGGCAAGGCGGCCCAGGGCUACUACAGCGUGGCGCUGCCGGACGGCCGCACCCAGCACGUCAAGUACCACUCGGACCAGUACGGCUACGGCGGACACAACGCCGAGGUGACCUACUCGGGAUACGCCUCGCACGGCGGACACGGCGGUGGAAACGGCGGAUACGGUGGAAACGGCGGUGGAAACGGCGGUGGAUACGGUGGAAACGGCGGCGGAUACGGCGGUGGAUAUGGCGGCGGAUACGGCGGUGGACACUAAAGUUGUCUUACGAUAACUAGGUAUGCCGAUGAAUCAUAUUCCGCUACCUCUACGUUCUGUGCUCUUAUUUAUUUCAUCUUAUGCACGUCUUAUAUUAAACUGAGAGACAAAUACAACACGCAUUUGAUUGA